GCGCGCAGAGCCGCCUGUUUUCCCCUCUUUCUAUCUCCUCCUGUCUCCCUCUCCCUCUGCUCCUCUGCUCUGCCGCUCUCCUGACAGCGGGGAGACCAAAGCGGAGUUCGCUCUCUCUGCUCCGAUUCCCCGCCUGCUCUGCUCUGCCGUCCUUCCUCGCCCGAUUCGGUUGCUGCGGGGGCGCUGAGCUGAUCGGGGGAGGCCGGCCCGGGUUUAGGAGCUGGUGGUCGGCUUGGUGUUGGCGGCCUGUUCGACAAGGACGACGACGGCGGCGGCGGCGGCCAUGCGGAUCCCGCGGCGGAAGGCCGGGGCGGCGCUCGGCGUGCCCAGCCGCCGGGCGCAGAUCGCCGCCGUCUUCGCGCUCGCCGUGCUGCUCGGCGUCUCCGUCCUCUACGACAGCGCCCACAUCGCCGCCUCGCUGCGCCGCCACAGCGGAUACAACAGGCCCUCCGCCACCACGGAGCCGGUGGCGGGGGCUGGCCCGCGUGCUACGCCGGCGCAGGCGGUGGAAUCUGCGGGGCCGGCCGUGGAUCGGACCGACCCGCCCCCGCGGCUCGGGGCGGAGGAGGCGUCCAAGUCUAACCCCGGGACGGCGGCGGACGGGUCCGAGCCGGAGACGCGGGUCCUGAAGGAGGUGGUGGCGCAAGGGGGGGAGCCCACCUGCGACAUGUACAAGGGGAGGUGGGUGCACGACCAGGAGAACGCGCCGCUCUACAAGGAGUCCGACUGCGAGUUCCUCACGGAGCAGGUCACCUGCAUGCGCAACGGCCGCCGCAGCGAUGAGUACCAGAAGUGGCGGUGGCAGCCUGAUGCCUGCGACCUCCCAAGGUUUGAGGCUAAGUUGCUUCUUGAGAAGCUAAGGAACAAAAGAAUGAUGUUUGUUGGGGAUUCACUGAACCGGAACCAGUGGGAGUCCAUGGUGUGCCUGGUUCAGUCUGUGGCUCCAUGGGAUAAGAAAAAGCUUGUCAAGAAUGGAUCUCUAAAUGUGUUCCGCCUUAUGGAGUACAAUGCAACAAUUGAGUUCUAUUGGGCUCCUUUCCUAGUUGAGUCGAACUCAGAUGAUCCAGACAUCCAUAGCAUCACGGACCGAAUGAUCACGCCAACAUCGAUCGCCAAGCAUGCAGCAAACUGGAUAGGGGUGGACUAUUUGAUCUUCAACACUUACAUUUGGUGGAUGAACACCCCAAAGAUGAAAAUUGUGCCUGACGGGUCCUUCACAAAGAAACCGGUUAAGUACGAUGAAUUGGAUCGUGUGGUUGCAUACCGACAGAUCCUCGAGACAUGGUCUGGAUGGGUAGAAGAGAAUGUAGACCCCAAAAGAACAAUGGUCUUAUUCAUGAGUGUGUCACCAGUACAUAUGCAGAGUGAAGGCUGGGGCAGCCCUAACAACAUAAAAUGCUUUUCUGAGACACAACCAGCACUAAAUUACUCUAAACCAUUGGAUGUCGGCACUGACUGGGAUCUUUUCACGGAAUCUCAUGAAGUGACGAAGGCGAUGAAGAAGGUACCCGUGCACUUCAUCAACAUAACCGCAUUGUCGGAGAUCCGCAAGGACGCACACACAUCUGUGCACACUCUGCGGCAGGGUAAGCUCCUGACGAAGGAGCAGCAGGCCAACCCACGCAAGUUCGCUGACUGCAUCCACUGGUGUCUCCCUGGCUUGCCGGACACAUGGAAUGAGUUCAUUUACGGCCACAUUGUGUCGAGCCCUAUACAGCGGCAGAUUGAGAAUCAAUCUGAAAGAUGACCAUGCAUAUAUAUCUGCUCCAAAUCUGGUAGUUCACAUUAGUACGAAAGAUGGUUAUUGCGGCCAUAUAAUAUAUUUUUUUCUAGGUCUAGAAAUCUAUGCUGUUGGUUCACCUCGGAGAUUUGCUCGAAGGUACGCUCGCAGGAUGGCAAACUGUAGCUAUAAACAACCAAGAUGGCCUGAGAGUUAUAAUACCGCCUGCCGGUCUGAGUGUGACUAUUUAAGAGGAAUGCUUCGAUGCUAUUCAUCUGAAAAGAAUCUUAUUUCAGUUGAUACUUGUACAUAAUUUUUUUUAAUCAAACUCUUUUCAUAAGAAUAUUGAACUUUUUGGGCUGUAA